AUGCAACAAUUAAUUUCAGAAAUUCAAUUACUUCGUGCUGAGGUCAAUGAUCUUAAAGAGCGUAACCUUGACCUUGUUAAAUCGUGCCAAAUAGUUAAAACUUCGCAAAGUAGUACUGAUAGCUCCAAGGAUAUUAACCAUAUCUCCACUAAUGAUACUAAUGUAAGUUAUGCUAAAAAACUACAAAACUCUUCAGAAUGUGGUGUGAUCAUAAAACCAAAAAACUCAUCUCAAUCAGUAAAGCAGACCAAAUCUGAAAUUCUUCACACACUUAAACCUCUCCCUGCUAACAUUGAAAUCAAUAAAGUCAAAGUGGUUUCCAAUGGCGGAUUAUUAAUUAAAUGCGCAAAUAAACAACAAAGUGAUAAUCUCAUCAGUAUCGCGGAUGACAAGCUAUCUAAUAAUUAUAAUGUUAAAAAGACAACUACAAUUCUCCCUCGUGUACGUAUAGUUGGUAUUCCUGAAGGACUGAAUAAAGACGAGAUUGCUAGUUACGCCUUAUCACAAAAUUCUCAUCUCUUUUCAAAGGAUGCACUAUGUAAGGUGCAAAAAAUUUCAUCUACCUCUAAGUCCAAAGAUACGCUUCAAGCAGAAUGUCUAGUCGAUCUUGAUUCUUAUAAAAAUCUACUCGAUAACGGUCAUUUGCUUAUAGGUCUCAAUGGGUGUAGCGUUUUUGAUGCUCUCACGAUUUUAAGGUGUUUUAACUGCAAUGGUUAUAAUCAUGGUUCUGGUCAAUGUAAAAAGGAACCUGUGUGUCCUCUAUGUGCACAAUCCCAUAAUUUAAAAGCUUGUCCAAACCAAAGAAAUGAUGAUAAUACAAAACUCUGUUGCUCUAACUGUUUAUCUAUUCGCAAUUUGCAACACUUGGAAAUUAAUACUUCCCAUGCUGCUUGGGAUUACAAGCAGUGUUUCGCUUAUAAAUCUGCUCAAGCCAAAAUUAAACAGGAUGUGUUUAAUAUGUCAACACCUAUUGAAAUUUCAAAACCUAAGCCCCUUCUCACCGAUUUGUCUUGA